UUUGUUGUGAGUUAUCGAAACUUCGUUUUGUUGAUAUUUCGUCUGUUGGCAGCAACAGAUGAUAAGGGGAAAAAAUGGUUGAACAAGCGGCGGAGGAUUAUGCUAAAAUUAUACAAAGUGCCGAUCUGGAAAAGGAGAUAAAUCCACUAUGCAACAACAUAGACGACAUGCUCGCACGACUGGACGAAUUCGAAACGGUUUUGGCCUCCGUACGGGCCGAGUCUAAUGGCAUUAUGGCCAACCAUGUAUGCAGCAUACUCAGCUUUAGCGCCAACUUCGAUGAAUUGCGUCAGCGAAUCGACAAAUUAGACACGUUUGUCGCCGCCGUAAAUGAGAACUUGAAUGAAGUGGAGAAAUCUGUAGACGUCGCAGAGCAGGAGCUCAAUGUAACCGACUACAGUAUAAAGGGCCUGCUAUUGAAACCCCUAAAGGCUAGGCUAUCCACCGCAGAGACAUCUAGUGCAACCCCCAAAACUAAUUUGAUUGAUGGCGAAUUCCAAGCGGUUCCCAUCUUCAAAGCCGAUGAAUACUUUGGAACUAGGGCAGAGGAAGCCAAUAUUAGUGACUCCAUAUAAACUUUUAGUUGUUAUUUAGUUAUUAAUUAGCAAAUGGGUUUUGUGAGCGUGUAAAUAUUAUCGUUUCUAUUUAUUUAUUUGUUUACUA